UCAUGCUGCUGCCAGGUCCAGAGUGUCUCAUGGGUCCCUGUACGGCCUCCCAUUGCUGCUGUCUCCAUCGCCACACUCUGCCAUGUGCCACUUUCAGGUCUCCUCACACUGCUGGUGGGUUCCAUUUUGUCAUAGGGUGCUGGCAGAUUACGGGCCUCCCAUUGCUGCUGCCAGGCCCGUAAUCUGCCAUGGGCCCCUGUACCGCCUCCUCAUGCCGCUGCCAGGUCCAGAGUGUGUCAUGGGUCCCUGUACGGCCUCCCAUUGCUGCUGUCUCCAUCGCCACACUCUGCCAUGUGCCACUUUCAGGUCUCCUCACACUGCUGGUGGGUUCCAUUUUGUCAUAGGGUGCUGUAUGGCCUCCCAUUGCUGCUGCCUCCACCACCACACUGUGGCUCCACACUCUGGUUUUGGCCCGUGACUGCCCAAAUGAGUGAAGUGUGCGGUGAUUCUAAGAUCGACGGCACUCAUCUGCAUGUCAUACUG